AUGUCCCUGUCACCUCAUCGAUCCUCCUCAUCAUGCCCCUCGAGCCUGAUCACCGCCACCCUCCAGCUGCAAUACCUGGCCGAAGGCGCCGCCAACGUCAUCUACAGCGUCUCCGUCCUGUCACCGCAGUCUCUUCAGCAACACUCAAACUGCUGCGUCAUACGUCUCCGCAAAGACCUCGCCUUCACGAAACCGGCGGUGCAGGUCAUAUCGGAAUUUCGGGACCGCAUCGUACCGCUUUUCAACAAGGAGCACGGAUCAUUGCUGCUGGAGCAGGCGUUGUAUAAGCUCACGCCAGAAAUGGUGAGUAGGGCAAACGAGGAAUUGCGAGAGAUGGACAGCGUGGAUUUAUCUGCCCUUUCGGCAGAAGACGUCAAAGGCAAAAAGAUCCGCCAUCAUCACCGACGACACGUCUAUUUGCCCUCAUACGAGAAUGAGCAGUAUGGAAUUCUGAUGCAGAACUUGCAGGGCCCAGGGAUCGACUGGCUAGUCGAGUUCAAGCCCAAAUGGCUGGUGCAAAGUCCCAGUGCGCCUGUAGACGCAAGAAACUGCAGGACGUGUGCACUUAAUGCAAUGCGGAGAAAAGCUGGAGCUCACCAAGGGAGAGGUGACUCGGGGUUUUGCCCGUUGGAUUUGUUGGCGGAUGAACAUGCAGUGUUGAAGCGGACGCUGGCGAAUAUCUGGCCACUCGAGAAUGGAAUUGACGACUUUGUGACGGUCUUUGCAGAAAAGGUCCAGCCUGCCUUGAGACAUCUUCAGACUCUUCAGAAAGAGUAUGGGUGCGUGGCAUUGGACGAUUUUCUCCACCCAGCUGGCAAGGACUUUGGCGUGGCCAUGGCGUUGAGGGACUGCAGCGUCUUUCUAGCUCUCAGGCGGAGUACCAACGCCGGCGAUGGGGGGGUUGAUGUUGUAGACGUCAAGCUUGCGGACCUAGAUCUCAAGACGGCCGAAGGAGGCAAGAUCCACAAAUGGGCGACCAUGGAGCAAGAGCUUCUUGACGGUGGCUGGUAUCAGAGCUUGGACGGGUCGGAUUGUUGGAUGAGCCGUCGGCACCUCUGA